UGCGGCACCCACCGGGCGGCCCUUGGCGGGACCGCGCCGGGGUCCGCACCCGGGCCGGCACACCCCGCUCCGCGCCAGGACCCCGCGCCAGGACCCCGCGCCGACACCUCGCUCCCCACCGGGCCCGCUGCCCCGGGAAAGCACCGUCCGUCCGCCCGCCCGCCGGUGGGGUCCCGGCGGUUCCCGGGACGGAGAGGAGGCGGGGAGGUGCAGGAGGGAGGAGAGGGGUCCCGGUGUCCCCGCCGCCCUGCUGGAAGAGGGGAAGCGGAGGGAAAGCUCAGAUUCACCCUUCCCAGCGUCGCGGUGAAGCCCAGGACACAGCUGCAAGUGGCCAAACCGUGACGGGACGAUGCCAUCCUGCCACCCGCCUGGCCCUGACCCCGUCCCGUCACCGGCACCGCUGCCAUCCCCUUCGUCCCCCGCCAAUGCCGGCGGGUAGAGGCUGCUCACCUGGCAUCCCGAGCGUGGGGCUGAGACGUGGGCCCCGCUUUCUCCCGUGGGGCAGUGGCGAUGGGGGCUGCUCUCUCCACCGGAGCGAUCGUGGCAAUUUCUUUUAACUGCGUGAUCGCGUUGCUCAUCCUCAUCCUCUUCCUCAUCCUCUGCAAGGCCUGCAGGACCCCCUCGUGCCCCAAGAAGAGCCCGGGUUCCGAUGUGGACGAGGCAAAGAACGAAGAGAAGUACCUGCUGCAGCCCUGAGCUGCCGGGGGACCUGGGUGCCCGGCUGUGCUGAAGGAGUUGUGCCAGGCUGGAUGCCAGCGCUGGGACUGGGUGGCUGGUCCAGGCAGGAUGAAAGCAGGGGGGAUACCAAGCCGCUCGCCGGGGCUGUGACGUGGGUUGCAGCCUUUCUCCUGCGUGGUUUUGGUGUGUGAAGUCCCUGCGGAUGCCCACAGUGACCAUGGUGAUGGAGAGACAGCGGUCGGGGACGUGCUUGGCGGACAAUCCUGCCUGUCCCAGCGGCCAGCGAGCGCAGCAGGAGCCCUGCCCUCGAGCACAUCCCGUGUUCGGGGACAGCCCAUGGGCUCCUCCCGGGUCCCUGUGGCCUGGGCUGGUGACCACCGUGUCACAGACCUGAGCUGGGCCAGCCGGGAGCUCGGAGAGGGGAGGCAGAGGGGCUGGCAGGGGUGCCUGUCCCCGAGCAGGCUGGUGGGAUGUGCCUAGCGGGGGGGACCGUAGCAGCGCUGGCCCUGCUGGCAGAGCGGGUGUCUUUGGGGAUGGCUCUGGGGUGUCGUGCGCCCCCAGCCUCAGGUUAUUCGGCACCCAUCUGUCCCAGCAGCCAGUUCAAUGAGCCAUGAGAGGGUCUGCAUGGUCUGUCCGUUCGUCUGCGGUCUGUCUGUCAAUCCCCUCCAGCGUUAGCACCAACACUGCCAGGCAAACCGCCCUCCUCCUCCUCCCUGGGCGCCUGUCCCUGCCUGCCCUCCUGCCUGCUCCCAGCCGAGGCCGGCCGGUGGGGUUUGGCCCGUGGGCAGCAGACGUGCCCUCCUUGGUGUCCCCAUCCCCCCUGAGUGCAGCCUGGCAUGGCUUGUUUCUGGGGAGGUGGGAGACAUGGGGAUAAGAUGAGGGUGCCCAGCGUGAAGGGUCUUCCGACCCUGUUGCUCCCCGGGGACCAGAGUGGCUCCGCAGGGAAGGAUGCUGGUGGUCUGCCUUGCCCCCGAGCCUGGCAGCUGCCUUCCCCUGCCCUGUCUGCAGGUGCUGUGGGUUUCAGAGGGCUCUGCCCUGCCCAUCCUAGAGCUGAGCAAUAGCCAAGGUUCCCUGCUGGCACAGCCGCUGCAAUAAGGGGACAGAGGGGUGGGCUGUGCUGGGAGGGAUGCUGGCCAGGUUCCCUGCGCGGUUCCUCCCCAUGUCAGGUGUAGCUAAUGCAUCCCUUUGCAGAGGUGUUUUUACUAGACUAAUAAACUGAUUGUAGGACCGAG